AUGGUGGAUGUGCUGAAGCAGAUGCAGCGCUCGGAUCCUGUGGCCAAGGAGCAGUGGCACGCCUACGUCGAGGCCUACGGCGAGAACAUACGCGACCCGGCGAAACACGACAUAUCGUUCAUCCAGAGCUUCGUUACGCAGUAUCAGGCCGGCGCGCGGCUCGAGUCGACCGCGGGCAAGGAGCUGGUGGAGUACAUCAAGCAGGGCAAGAGGAAGUCCCCGGCCUGGAAGCAGCUCUGGGAGGAUCCGCGAAUGUACGCCAACACGAAAAUGGUCGACGGCAAGCCGAAGCACGACCCGGCGCAGCACAGCGCCGAUUUCCUGGAGGGCUUCUUCGACUUCGUCGGCAAAAUGGCUGUGGGAGGCGGCGGGGGCAUGGCCAUGGGCGGCAUGGGCGGCAUGAGCGGCAUGGGCGGGGGUGGCUACUCGGGCGGCAUGGGCGGCAUGGGCGGCAUGGGCGGCAUGGGCGGCAUGGGCGGCAUGGGCGGCAUGGGCGGGGGCGGCUUCUCGAAUAACCCUCUCAGCGGCAUGGCCUCUGGCAUGGGCCCCUCCGCUGGGAGCCCGACCGUGCAGAGGAUCAAGGCCUACCAGAGGAUGGGCCAAGCUCAGAAGGAGGCCUGGCACACGUACUGCGACAGCCUCGGCGGCCGCAACCGCGACCCCGCUCGGCACGACGAGGCCACGCUGGAAGCUUUCUGCUCGCAGUACGGGGUACCCUGA